UAUCUAAAUACGCAUUUUUUAAUUUUUAUUCUGCUAACAUUUUAUUUAUUUAUUUAAAAAUUUGAAAAAUUGCCAAUUGUCAGCUAUAUUCACAUUUAUGACAGCGCAGCUAAUUUUAAGCAGUAGAAAAUUUUAAAUAAAAAUGACCCCUAAGGUUACUAAUCCAUAAGGUAUAAGGUUAGCUUUUACUCACAAAGCAAAGCAUCGGCAUCGUGCAUCAGAAUAUAAAAAUAUUACAAGUGAAUAUACGCAGAAACAAGCAAGUAAGCAAGAGGAUCAGUGGUAAUCAGUGUUGUGUUGAACUUAUAUUUUAAUUAUACAUAAUAAAAUUUAACACCGAAUUAUUGUUAUAAGUUAACACGCAGAUACUGAAUAAUAAAUGUGACUAUUGGCGGCAAAAUUUUCAAUUAAAAAUUAACCGCAUGGAAAAAUACGCAUAAAAACGUAAUAUACAUAUAUUUAAAGUUGUGUUGACAAAUUGUAAGCUGUUUGAUAUAAUAUAUGAAUUCUGCAGUAUUUAUUGUGCAAAAAUUAUUCUUCAAUAUGCUUCACAAAACUCCAAGACCAUUAGUUUUGUGUGGUCCAUCGGGAUCUGGAAAGAGUACGUUGAUUAAAAAAUUAUUUGAUGAAUUUCCAGAUAAAUUUGGUUUUUCAGUUUCACAUACAACAAGACAGCCAAGACCUGGUGAAGAAGAUGGUAAACAUUAUCAUUUUAUAAGUAAAUCUAAAAUGGAAGACGAAAUAAAUAAAGGUGAAUUUAUUGAAACUGCUGUAUUCAGUAAUAAUUUAUAUGGUACAAGUAAAAAAGCUGUUGAACAAGUUAUUAAUAAUGGAAAAAUAUGUGUUUUGGACAUUGACAUGCAAGGUGUUAAACAAAUUAAAAAUACAAAACUUGAUCCAUUGCUUAUUUUUAUAAAACCACCGUCUGUUGAAGAAUUGGAAAAACGAUUGAGAAACAGAAAAACAGAAACUGAAGAAUCAUUACAACGUCGAUUAAAUUCUGCUAUCGAAGAAAUAAAAUAUGGUGAUGAACCAGGUAAUUUUCAUCGAGUAAUCGUCAAUGACGAUGUUGAUAAAGCUUACCAUGAAUUACGUGAAUUUAUUUUACGGGAAUUGAAAUAAUUAUCUUCAAUCAGUGGUUUUAUUUAUUUAUUUAUUUUUAAUUUUUAUUAAGGAACAAAAACUUUAUUAUUUAAUUAACAGUAAUUAAAUAGUUAAUGAUACAACGAUCAAAAUUAUCAAAACUUUUAAGUAUUUAUUGACAUGCCUUUUAUUUUAUAUUAAAAUAUUUAGACAAUAAAUAGUAAUCACAUUUAUUAGACGUAUUUAAAAAUAGCAUUUAUUUUUAAAUAAAUUUUACACAAACGAUAUAUUAAUUAAAUUAACAAUCAUGUUUAUUUGUUUUAUAAUUACUUUAUUAUUUUAUAUUUUGUAAUUUAAAUUGUAAAAAAAUAACCUGAGAUUGUUCACCAAAAAAAGUUGUGUUCUAGUAACAAGUAAUUUGUUACAAGAAAUAUUUUUCAAUAGACAUGUUAAAAAAAUAUAAAUAGAUUUAAAAAAAAAAAAUCACUAUGCAAACAUAUCGACGUUCUAGUUAGCAAAUUGUCUAACUCCAUUUCAGAAAAUUCUCCAUUUAUGCGAGAAAAAAGUAAUUUAAAAAUUUUUUUUUUUCAUCAAAAAAUCAAUUUCAUACCUAGUAAAUGUAUAAUAUUUUUGUCUAGGUUACUCAAAUAAUAUUUUUAUUAACUAUUUCUAUCUGAAAAUUGCACAGAAUCACCUACUAAAAAAUAUUAAGUUAGACAAUUUGCUAAUUAGAACGUUGAUAUAUUUAAUUUAAAUAUCGUAAAUUAUUUUUUUUGGUGUAGUAAACACAACUUAAACUUAUCAUAGUGCAAAUAAAGUUAUAGAAAGAUAAUAGAGGUAUUAAAUUUUAAUUUAUAUUAGUAGUAAUUAACUGUACACUUUUCCUCAAUGCUGGUUUAUGUAAAAUAGUCAUAUAAAUUUAAUGAAUUAUCAACAACAAUACAUAUUACUUGUAGAUUAUGUAAAUCUAUUCACAAUUUCAACAAUUGCAUAUGGAAAAUUAUUUAAAUAGUAAAGCAAUUUAACAUCACAUGCUUAUUAUAUAAGAGUAUUAUUGUGAAUUAUUUAGAUCUUAAUAUUCUAGUCGAAACUCGGAAAUAGGAGAGAUUUCUGAUGUCACUCACAGACACCUCAAAAUAUAAGUCAUCAACCAGGGGUUGAUAAGAAAAAAAAUAAA